GCUGUGCCGGUUGCUGAUUAUGUGCAUGGUGGUACUCCACACAAGGCUGGCUUCUUGGUGCUGCGGAUUCCUGGCGAUACGUCAUGGCAAAGUACAUCGCGCAGCUUUCAACAUAGGAAGCCUCUUCGGAAGUGGAGAGGAAGACACCAAGUUGGAAGUGCCGAAGGAUGUUGAGGCUGUGGUAGCCGGGUUGAAGAGCAGCACAGAGAACGCUUUGAAUUCCAGGUGCAGCCGCCUAGAUGUUGAGCUACCGCCGUCCUUCGAGCUUGGUGUUGAGAACAAGGACCGCGCAAAAGCGUGGGCAGCGGGUGAGGAGAAAAAGGUGGUGCUGAAGGAAGUAGCAAGAGGCGACCGUGAGCUGGCGCGCAUCUUUGUGGAGAUGCUGAGUGUCAUCGAUGGUCUGGUUGUGGUCUUCCGAACACCUCAGUUAGAGAAGGCUGCCAAGAAGCGUUGGCGGCUCACUGCUGAGGAGGCCAGACAGGCCAAAGUCAUCUCCUUCACCAGCUCCAAGAAGUCAGCCUUCGCAGCAGAGGUGUCUGGACCAUCCCAGUUUCUCAAAAAACUUGAGGAUCUGGACUGCAAGUGCCUCGUUGUUGUGGCUCCCGAGCUGGAUCAGCUUCGGACCAUCGCGGACUUGAGCAAAGAUGCGGGAGAUCAGAUGGGCAUCAUUCUUCUCAAUGCUCGAAUUCAUGGCAGCAAGAGCCGCAAGGCGCGAAAGCUGCCACCCAGGUUGCUCGAGUAUCUGCAGAAGGAGUUCGAGCCGUCGUAUCACGUGCGAUUUCUGAAGAGCAAGAAGUGGCCGGACAACAGCAUCAUAUUCAGGCAGAUCUGUCCUGAUGGUGAGGGACCCUGGAUUGUGGCCAUUCAGCGGGAGCUAAUUGGUGGAAGCGUGGUGACCAACGAGAUCUUGCGGGCCGACAAAGAGCCAAGCGUCGAGGACAUAAGUGACGCCUUCGCUCGUUAUGAGGCGAGCGACAAAGAGCCGUCUGACGCUAUUGUUGACUUCCUGCGGAAGGACAGGGAGAGCUGA